AUGUUUUGUAAAUUAAUAAAUUUAAUAAAAACCCCUCAACUAACAACAAAAACUUUCUUUUAUUUACGCUAUUUUCUUCGUCUUUUCUUUUUGCUCAACUUGAACAUUUAUUUAAUACCGACAUUAUCCCAAGUUUUAUCUACACCUUCCUCACCAAUUCCCUUAACACAACAAACACUACCACCACCAACAACACCUUCUAUACCAAAACAAAGAGAAUUACUUGAAUAUUUAUUUAAAUUUUACAGAAAAGAAUUACGUCCAGUAAUUAAUGAAAGUACAGUUACUGAAGUUGCUGUUCAAUUAUAUUUUAAACAAAUACAAAAAGUUAGGGAAAAUGAUCAAAUAAUUACUGUUUAUUGUUGGUUAGAAGAGGUGUAUUGGACCGAUGAAUUUCUUCGUUGGGAUCCCUCAACCUUUGGGGGAAUUAAACAAUUACAUAUUCCUGCAGAAAUGAUUUGGCGUCCAGAUUUACUUGUUUACAAUAAUGCAAAUAUGAAUGUACACGAAAGCGAAAUGAUGACAAAUGCUUUAGUUCAACACGAUGGGCGUGUUUCUCUUUUUCGCGCUGUGCAUAGAUUCCCUUUUGAUCAACAAAUUUGUUAUUUAAUGUUAGCUUCUUGGAGUUAUGAUGGAUCACAAGUAAUGGUCCGUCCUGCUGGUGAUGACCAAACAAACCAAUCUGCUGGAUUAAAUAGAAAUAGUCAAAUGAAUUUAUCUUCCCAUCAUCACCAAUCCUCCUCCUCCUCCUCAAAUUCUGGACAAAAUAAUUAUUUUAUGAAAUCAGCAUCUUUAACACAUUAUAUUCCAAAUAUGGAAUGGAGUUGGGUUUUAGUAAUUAUUUUUUAA